AUGAAUAUCUCUGCAUUGCUAUACUUCUUUCAUGUCCUAUGGGCGACUCCUGGUUUUGUUUUUUCGCGAGGAAUGGGUUCAUACAAUACUGAACGAUUUGAAGUACAUACCUUGCCCGGCGUUUCGGAUCUACCACCCAGUUGGGCUGGCCGUCUUCCGGUUCCGGGGACUGAGGAUGGAAAUGAGAUCUUUUUCUGGCUAUUCCAGUCAGAGCAGCCAGCAUACGAUGACAAUUUGAUCAUUUGGUUCAAUGGCGGCCCUGGCUGCUCAUCCUUGAUAGGUCUGACGACCGGUAAUGGACCCAUUUCUUUCGAUGGCAAUUCAACUCAAUUUAUUCGCAACCCACACUCAUGGACAAAGUUGGGUAAUGUGCUUUACGUUGAUCAACCCGUCGGCACUGGCUACUCCACAGCUAGCUUCCCCUACCCUGUGAAGGAUAAUGGCCGGGUAACGACGGACUUUACACAAUGGCUGCGUGGCUUCUUCGAAUACUUCCCGCACAUGCAGUCAAAGCAGAUCCAUCUGAUGGGAGAGUCAUAUGCAGGCAUCUACAUACCGUACUUUGCAUCGGAGCUUCUCGACGGCAAAGAUUCUCCACCCCUCAAUAUUCGUUCAAUGUCUCUCGGUGAUGGAUCUUGGGGAAAUGGAGCAGCCAUGGCGUCCGUUGCAAUGGGUAAAUAUCUCAGAUCACAGCUUGGCCUCCUCCAAAUCCCCGAAGACGUCCUAUCAGUCUUCGACGAGGCAGACGAAACCUGCGGCUUCAACGGCGUGUUAGAAAAGUCCGCCAUAUACCCUCCCCAGGCUAAAAUCCAUAUCCCCGGAAACCCAGAGUACUUCAACAUCCGACGUCGAGACCUGACAAAUGCCGCCAAUGCCGCAUGCGACAUCGCACCCACAACUGCCGAAGAAGUCCGCAGCUCACUCUUCAACUCAACCUGCUACGGCCCCUGUGCCGCCUUCUCCACAGCAAGUGACUACCUAAUGGCCAUCUCCACGAAAAGCACAACCCGCGGCUGUUUCGAUGUCUACGACAUCUCCCACGACUGCAGUGCCGUUUCAGAGCUCCCACUGAUGGCAGAGUACUUCGGGCGCGCAGAUGUUCAAACUGCCCUCCACGUCGAUAACAGUGGACUGUACAGCGCGUGCAACUCCACAAUCCUAGGAACGCUCCUUUCCGCGCCCUCACCCGUGCCUCCGGAGUACUUCAUCCUCCCGUCUCUGGUUACCAACCACAACAUCUCGCUCCAUGUUUACUCGGGCGAGUGGGAUAUGUUGAUCAACCACCUUGGCGCGGAGCUGUCGCUGCAGAAUAUGACGUGGCGCGGUGCGCAGGGCUUCGCACAGAAACCGAACAAGCCGUUCUUUGCUGAUAAUGCUGCGCCGUCGGCGACCAAGCAGCUUCUGUUUGAGCAUACGCCUGUGGCUACCACACUUACGACUGCCACUCCCACUGCUACUGCUGCGGGUACGUGGGCUAUGGAGCGUGGUGUAUCAUAUCAUUUCUUCCGUGGGGCUGGUCAUAGUGUGUUUGUGAAUAAGCCACGCGAGAUGUUUUCCUUUGUGAAGGAUGUAGUUGUUGCUCGGAGAGCUGGUUAA